GAGUUGUGUUGAUAAUUGUCAUUAAUGUUUCUUUUGCUCACGUGCUUUCAUCUGGUGUACUCUGUCUCUGUGCUCUUGUACUCCGUCAUUAUAUAAUUCGUUUAAUCGUAUUUCAUAGUUCUGACUCUUGUCAGAGAUUAUUACCAUAAAUACCAUACUAUUUAUUUGUCGUCGACCUAAUUAUAAUGGCCAAGAGUAUAAGGAGUAAGUGGCGGCGGAAGAUGAGGGCUAUUAAGCGAAUCAGAUAUGGCGCUAAGGAAUUAGAUAGGUUGAAGAAGAUGCUGGUGAACGCCGGAGAAAUAGAAGUCAAGGAAGGCGGUGAAAUUGAACACAUUUGUUUAGUUAAGGCUAAAAAUGAAGAAGCAGAAAAAAUUCAACUAGAGAAGGAGGAAAAAAGUAAAGUGGAUAAAAYUGCAGAACCAUUAAAGGAAACAACAAAAAAAGUUCAACAUCCCACUUGGUUAAGGAAAAAAGAAUACAAAAAAUACAUAAGGAGCUAUAGAAAACAACAAUCAAUUAAUGCUAAAAGAAUAAAGGGAUCUAUUAAAAAAAAAGUAUCAGUGUAAAAAAAUUGUAAUUUUUACCAUUUUAAAAAUAAAAUACUUCUGUUUAAAGUUUAUCAUUGACUUUAAAAUUUUUAAUUUUAAAAAGUUUAGCUCAUCUUCCAAAUUUCAAACGUAAUUAUUAUAUUCUGUAWGCUCUGUAAUA